CCGCGCCAGCGCGUCCGCCGUCCCUUCCGCCGCGCAGUGCCCGCCGCGUCGCCGCGUCGCCACGCUCGUCGCACGGACGACCACAAGCACGUCGACAGGCUGCACCGUUAAUCCCACACGUCGCCCGGCUGCAGUCUGGUGGCACUUUGGUGCAUCCCGUGUGUGUGUGUGUGCGUGCGUGUGUGUGCGUGCCCCGCUUUCGGGGUGUGAUCUGGUACGGGCAACCUUUUGCGCGACUCGUCAGGAAGGGGACAGCCGCCGCCGCCGUCGUCGUCGGGUUGGCACCGGACAGGAGCGAUGCGAUGAAGGACCGCGGGUCGAGCAGCCCCCAGCCCUCGUAGGAGGGGUGGGGCCAGAGCGUCCCAGGCACUCCCAGGGGAACUCCCUGGUCCUGCAAGAGCGCGGGAACUCAUCGCCAACAUGACCAACCUCAACAGGAUCCGCGUCGUGGUCAUGGGCGGGGCGCGCGUCGGCAAGUCUGCCGUCACCGUGCGGUACCUGACCAAGCGCUACAUCGGCGAGUACAGCUCCAGCACAGACUUCCUGUACCGCCACUGCGUCACCUUCGACAGCGCCACGACGGAAGUGGAGAUCCUGGACACGUCCAAAUGCGCGGCCAUGGGCUGCCUGGACGAGCACCUCCGCUGGGGGGAGGCCUUCGUGGUGGUCUACUCGGUGUGCGACGCGCUCAGCUUCCACGACGCCAGGGACCUGCUGGACAAGGUGGCGGCCCUCAAGCUGCCCGGCUACUGCACCACGCUGCUGCUGGGCAACAAGAGGGACCUCGACCACUCCAGGCAGGUGGGUGUGGACGCGGGCCAGGAGCUGUCCCUGCAGUUCGGCUGCCAGUUCUACGAGGUGUCGGCGGCCGAGCACUGGGCCGGCGUGUCGCUAGCCUUCCAGUCGCUGCUGCGCGAGGCGCGGUCGCUGCAGCUGCUGCGCACCCUCCCCAUCCGCCGCAAGCUGGGCGUCAACUCGGUGUCCAAGGUGCUGGGGAACAUCUUCAGCAAGGCGGCGGGCAAGCGGCCGGCCGGCCAGGACCGGAAGAAGCGCCCGUCGCUGUCCAUCUAGCCCAUCUCGCCCAUCUAGCCGCGCUGCUCGGCGAUACCCCUUGCGGCAUUAGCCCACCUCGCCGCCGCGCUGCUCGGCGAUACCCCUUGCGGCAUUAGCCGCAUCGCCAGCCGCCAGCGCGGAGUAUCGCCACCGCCACGGCGUUUUCGGUGGUUUCGACAUCGCCGGGGCCGGGCCGGGUCCCCUCUCUAGCCUCCUCCCCUGCAGUUACCCUUGCAGAAGAAGCGGGCGGCUUCGACGAGUCCCGCAGAUAAUGACAGAAACGACCACGCGGCUCGCUCGCUGCCAGUGUUGUUGUGUGCGUGUGUGUAAAUUUAACGCUGGCUCUGCUGGAAAGAAGUGAGAUGUAUGAGGCCGUCUAGCUUUGCCAUUUGCACGAUCCUCUGUGAUAAAUUGCCCAUGUGAUAAACUAAGAUCCAAUGCAAGACUGAUGCUUUAUCUCUAGACACAGUCAAGGUACAAAAUAUUGUUAACUUAUCACCUCCUACGAAGCGGUUGUAAAAUUUUAUGUUCGCGGUACCUUUUGCAUUUGCAAAGACGAAUAUGGUAAUGCACAACCAGGGCACCAUUGAAUAUUAUGCAUUAGGAUACAGUACCAAAAUCUGCCCCUUAGUGUGUGUGGAACCACUAUCCUUGUUGUUCUUUUCAGACAAUUGCCUAUGUGUGUAUAUUGUUUUGGUGCACUUCAAAUCAUGGCGUGAGAAAUUGUUUUUAAGUUCUGUAAAGUUCUGUAAAUACAGGAUAUGUGACUUGUACAUUCCCAUUCCUCUGUCCGUUAGUUAAGUACAUUCCUAGAUAAGUCUCUGUUUGCCAGGCUCUGAGUGUCCAUGUAAACAUUUUAAGCCUUUCACAAUUUUUUAAUAAAUCAAAUAAAAAUAUAUAGCAAGUUUGUUGACUGUAUUGACAGAGUGGCAAUGAGCCCAAUUUUCUAUAUAUCCUGCAUGCUGGCAUUGUCUUUUUACUCAUGCCAAUUCCCGUUUCAAUUCAUGCAGUAUUGGUUGAUUGGAUAGUACCCCCAUUCCCAUCGUGUUUAAAAUGUUACCAAGAGAUGUCAGGCAUAGAAAAAUUAAA